UGGAGCACUGGAUAUUUGCAUAGUCCGCAGAGCAGACAGAGAGAGAGAGAGAGAGAGAGAGAGAGAGAGAGAGAGAUGGAGAGAGACAAGGAAAUGAAGCAAUCAAAAUUCAAGAGGAUUUGUGUCUUCUGUGGGAGUAGCCAAGGAAAGAAGAGCAGUUACAAGGAUGCUGCUAUCGAGCUUGGAAGAGAAUUGGUUUCAAGGAAUAUUGAUCUGGUAUAUGGAGGAGGGAGUAUUGGCUUGAUGGGUUUAAUUUCUCAAGCUGUAUAUGAUGGUGGCCGCCAUGUCAUUGGAGUCAUUCCCAAGACCCUGAUGCCUAGAGAGAUAACUGGUGAGACAGUUGGGGAAGUGAAGGCAGUUGCAGACAUGCACCAAAGGAAGGCAGAGAUGGCUAGACACUCAGAUGCCUUUAUUGCCUUACCUGGUGGGUAUGGAACUCUAGAAGAGCUUCUUGAAGUAAUAACCUGGGCUCAGCUUGGCAUCCAUGACAAACCGGUGGGAUUGUUGAAUGUGGAUGGCUACUACAACUCCCUCCUCUCAUUCAUAGACAAAGCAGUAGAGGAAGAUUUCAUAAGCCCAAGUGCCCGCCAUAUCAUUGUAUCAGCCCCCACUGCCAGGGAGUUGAUGAAGAAAUUGGAGGAGUAUUUUCCUCGCCAUGAGGGAGUUGCUUCAAAACUGAGCUGGGAAACUGAACAGUUAGGCUAUUCUCCCAAAUGUGAACUCUCUAGGUAAGCAGAUUUAGGAGUCGUCAAAGACUCAAAGAGAGGAAAAGGACUAGUUUUAGAAGAUGAAACUCCUUCCCCUUUUUGUAAACAACAGUUCGACUCAAUUUAUAUUAUCUCUAUAUUUGGAAAUUCAGUCUCCUAAUCCUCUGUUUGGUUGCUGACAAGUCAAAAGAAAACAACAUUAAUCUUCUCAAUUACUUCUUAA